CAAGGAUGGCGCGACUGUCGUCGAGAAAAACUUGUCCCUCAUAAAUUGUUACAAACUUGAAAAACGAGUGGUACAUCUCUCCUGUUUUUACACAUGUGAAACAUCUUGAGAUGGACAGCCUGGCAUUCAGCCAGACGGACCUUGGCACUCAAGGGGAUGGGCCCUGCUUCAUGGUCAUGAACUCCCAGCUUGAACACUCCGAAGACGUCCCCGACAUGAAAGAUGUCAUUCUGAGAAAUGCAGAGACAAGUGGGCCUUAUAAGCAGAGAAUGCUGUGGGAGUUGACUGCACUCAGAGGAACCCAGCCAAGCCCGGUUCUGGUAACUGGUAGAGUCCCCGAAGAAAAAUCAUAUUUUGGAAAAACAAACGUUGACGUUCGUACCGAUGAAGUAACAGUACGCACAAAGCCAAGGUCACAACCAACAGACCAGCAACAAAAUCCUGCCUCGAAUCACGUCUCGCCAGACCAAGGAGAUGCUCAACAGGAGAACGCUGCUGGGGAUCAGGGCGGUGACGCCGCGGGGGGUGGUGGAGAGGGUGCAGCUGGUGGUGCAGGAGGGGCUGGAGGAGGCGACGAUGGGAAUGGCGGUCAGGGAGGAGACAGGGUAGAGGAGGAAGAUGAAGAAGAGCAUGAGGAAACUGGAGAGGAGACAUCUCAAGACACCAAUAGCAGUAACAGCCCUGUUCCCAAGCUGGUAGCAGCCCCAGUAUUGAACACACCACCAAGGACCGUGAGAGUGAAAGAAAUCUUGCAAGAGGAAAGUCCAGCCGUGUCAUCUGAUCCACAACAGAGUGAAGAGGACCCAGGACCAGGCAGUGAGCGAGGCGGUGCAGUAAGUGAUGCUCCUACUGCCGUCGUUGGGGAUUCAAAUGAGGAAGAUCAAGGAGCAGUUACUUCCCCAUCACCACCGAGAGAAGAACCAAGACCCCCGGGGGAACUUCCCAUCAUGGAUCCACCCGUACGGAUACCCAAGAAGAGGACCUCAGACAGCCACUCAAGUAGUCUGAGCAGUAAUAGUGGCAGCCAUCAUUCCAGUAGUUAUCUAGCCUCACAUGACAGUGCAUCAAGCAGUCUACUCAGCUCAUUGACAUCCAGCUCAUCUUGUAGUAGUAGUGGAUUGCAGGCUACUUCAUCAUUAAAAUUCACUCAUAUCAAAGACCACCCAUCCAAAUCUUCCAUCUCUCCAUCGCUCCGUCAAGAUGUUGAUUCCUUGAGACAAGACGAAGAUGGAGAUGCUGAGAGAGAUUAUCCUCAGUCAUCCCAGCAAGAUUUGUUCUCAGAGGUGACUGAGGAGAGAAAAGCAGACUACAACCAGCUGAUCCUGCACCCUCAUUACCAUGGAGUCCGGGUACUAGCCAACGAGACAAGCACUUCCGACGACGCAUCGGUUAACUUGGUUCCGCCCACCCCUGAAGCUUUCAAAUACGGAAUUCAAGAAACCCCUCCUUAUAAGAAUGAAGACGUUUUGGGCGGUGGAUACCACAGUGAGCAGUAUGUCCAUCGGCCAGCAGGGGAGAGUGUCUUAGUGAAUGAGACAAGUACAUCAGAUGAUGCCUCUAUCACUAUCGUCCAACCAUCACCAGAGGCUUGGGGGACAGUCAUCGCUAAUACACCUCCAGACAAGAUAGAGCAAUACUCCCGAAGCACCCAUUCCUCUGCAGCGCCUACCAGCAGAGGGGACAGUGAUCAUUCCCCUAGUACGCCCUCAGUAACCCUAGGUAGUCUACACCUAUCAGGGCAACAAGCGUUAUCCCAGGACAGCAUCGGGUCCAUUGUGCCUCCAACGUUGGGGGCAUAUGGACCCGUUCCUGGGCUGAUUCCAAGUACACCCACUCAGCAAGAUGAGGAAGAGCCAAUGGAACUCAGUCUUCAAGAUGAUGAUGCUGAUGAUGCCAUGACAACGCAUGCUCCUAAAGCGCAUAAGAGCACUAGACAGGAAGCAGAUGAUGACGAAGAUGGAAUUCCUAAAUGGCAACAAGUUCUGAAUCAAGAGGAGUUGCUCGCCAAGUCUCGGUCCAGCAGUAGAUCAAGCAACAGGACGUCAUUAUCACAGCAAUCAUCAGAAUCGUCAUCAGGCAGAUCCUCAGCUGUGUGGAAAGGACAGCAGUCUGAAUCCUUUCAGGCCUGGCAACCGAGCGCUCAAGUGACUACCUCAGCGACAUCCGAUGAGAACCCCAGGAGUAGACCGCCCUCAACAACAGUUGGUCGAACUACCGAAGAAUCUGACACUGCAAGAAGAAAGAAACAAGAUCAGGGAGAUAUCGCUGAUAAACCUAGGUCUGCAAGUGCCUUGGAUAGAAGGCUGGAAAAGGAGCCUCAUGUACAGAAACAAAAGUCACAAAGUCAGCCGGAGGCUCCACUAACCAUUCCUCAGUUGCAAGAUGAGAAGCCCCCCUGUAAGGCUCUUGAAAGAAGUGUCCGCCCCUCAAUGCCUCAAAGCCACCAAGAUCCAAGCAAUACCAAGACAGCGAGCAAGCAGAAUGUGGAGAAAGUAUCGUCAUCUCAGGAGGAGAAGAUGCAGACGGAUCAGAGAGGAAGCGGGAGGAGGGGUUCAUCUGAUGAAUGGCUGCUCCACUAUACCCCUACACAGACGGAGACGGAGACUGACGCGGAAGAGCAGACCAGAAAGAGGUUUAGGCAACCAGCUCAUCCGACCCAACAACCUGAAGCCGCGCCAUCUACCUCAAGACAUCCUCAAGAUCCUGUAGCAGUCUUGAAGACUUCUGAAGUUGCUACUCAUACCCUGAUGAGCUUCACUGAUACCGCCUCAUCUGAUGCCAAGAAGAAUACUCAUGCAGCAGCCUCUCAAGCAGUAGAUGAACAGAGAAUGAAAUCACCAAGUGGUGAUGACAAAUUGAAACAAGACCCUCAGUCAAAAGGUGGUUCUAUGCCUGGUGUGAUGUCUCAGAGUACGGACGCUACAGAAUACUCCAGUAUUGACUUCCAUCUGAGCCUUCCUAUGGACGGAGGCUUCAGGCCUAUCGGAGGUCCAACCCUACCCUCAAUGGUCAGCCGAGAGAAACGGAUGUCGUCCCGUCCACCAGUCCGACAUAGUACACCUAUAAUGGAUGAGGAUGAGAGCUUAGAUCGGGACCCGGCACUCCGCAGAGCUGAUGCACCAGCAGAGCACCAGGCAAAUCUUCAUGAUGGGAAGGAGGCUCCUCCAAGAUUAGUCAAGACUGGUACUCUGACUCUCUGUACAGAUCCAGACACACAGGAAAGCACACAGAUGCCAGACUUUCAGCUAGCAAGACCUGAAGAUUCCAACAAGAUGUUGAAAGCAGCUUAUGAGAGUCCGAGCAAGAAGUCAACGUCCGUCUUCUCAAAGGUCCAGGCAACAAAGACGGCUGCCAGUCCACCCAAGGUCAAAGGUCGUCCUUCACUAACUGCAAAGUGCAGCGAAAGCGAUGAUCUGUUUGUAUUCUCUCAGAAAGCUCCUAAGAAGUCAUAUAAGGAACCUGAAGCAGCAGUUCUAGAAGGACAGAAGGAACUUGAGGAUGAGGAUGAUGAGGAGACUAUUCCAUUUAGUUUCCUGGAGAAAGAAGAUGACAAUGUAGAGAUGAUCCAGGGAGGGAGGAAAGGGGCAGACCAACGGACGGCUAGAGGACAGGAGAAACAGAAGCCUCGGAGAGAGACCAGCAGAAGAGGUCCAGAGAAGACUCCAGAAAAACCGAGGACACCUUCAAGCAACAGACUGACGAGAAGUGGUCGGAAGAGGACCGUACCAGAAGGGAAGCCAGAGGAAAAGGGUCAACCGAAGAGAACGACAAAAAGAGCUAAGUUUGCUGAUGAAGUGGUUGAAUCGAGGAGGACAUCCUCUGCUGGGAGGAGAGACCCAUACGACUUUUCGGACUCACAAUCGAACAAAACACCAUCGCCGAUGAAGAAAACUGCUGGCCAGCCAACAUCGACGAAGGAAAAGCCUACCCCACAAAGUUCUCUCUCACGAAGAGCACAACCUCAAAUAGAGCCGAAACCCAAACAUAGGGUUGAAUUUGAUACCACAGCGACUGCAUCUUCACCUGGAAUGCCACCAAAGACUGUAACACCCGUCAGAGGGAAAGGUCAAGCCUCUAAGUCGACCCCAGCCACAAGGACGCCAUCAGCACGAGGUAGACGGACCCCAUCGAGUCGAGGGAAGAGGACCCCGACCUCCCGAGCAAGGCAUGCGUCCCCGCAAGUCCAAGCCCAAUUAGCUGAUGAAUCCUCCCCUGAGAUUACGACAGAGAAGCCCGUCAGAGAGAAAGAGGGAGUGAAGUUCAGGAAGUCACCUCGUAAAAGGCCGCCCAAAGAGCCAGUGAAAUCACCGGAGGAUAAACCCAGUGAGAAUCCCCCACCACCUCAGAAGACGAUUACACGCCACACCAUAGUUGGUAUCUACCGGAGAACUCGGGUUGAGCUUCAUAGUGAUGGCAAAGUGAUUAAGUCGUGGGAAACAGAGAAACAAAUGGAGCCACCUGUGGAGACUGUUGAAGAGGAAGAAAGUCUUGAUACUCCUUCCCCCGCUCGCUCUGGCAGCUCCUUAACGUCUGGCUCCUUGGGUGACAUCAGCUCUCUGUACUCCAAGACGUCUUCCAGCACCCCCAGCCUCGCCAAGAGUCUCAGUGGAAGCACUCUGUCCAAACAAAGCAGCUUCUCUAGCAUCUCCCGUACCAGCAGCAAGAUGGGCUCGCCGGGAUCAGACAAGAGCACUCCAAGCCUGACGAGAAGUUUGAGCUCCCCUGCAUCGGAUAAAAGUAUCGGGAAGAAGGGGGAGAAGGUAAGCCCUUCAAGUCCAAGAAGGGUGUCAUUGACGAGGAGUAAGACUCACCCUGCUACAAGGUCGUCUAGCAGCAGCGACGGCGAGGCUCGGUCAACAAAGACCAUCUUCCAGAAGCCACAGCAGACUCCAAGACGAAAGAUUAACCAACAGCAGUCCUCGGACUUUGCCAAAAGGCUGUCCGUAACUGCUCCCGAAGACUCCAGGAGUCCAGAAGAACGCUCGCCUCAAAGAGAAAGAAUACCGGCAGCAACAGUCGUCAAACUUGUGCAGUCGUCCCAACCAGAUGUUACUUUGGAGAAAGAGAAUGAAGAAGAUCAAUCACCUAAGUUGGAAACUCGAACAUCAAGAAGGCAGACGAGGGGAGAUACUUCCUCCUUGUCACCAGCGCCCGUCGCCUCACCAUCUGGUAGGACAGAUUCUAAACCAAGGGAAAAAGUGGUAUCUACACCAGACUCAACAAGAAGCUCCCCAAGGAGAAAAGUAACAAGUGCAUCCCGGAAAACAUCGCCGUCCCCUUCAAGUCAGAAGAGACAGUCCACCCCUCCACAACAAUCAACCAGGCCACUGACCUCUGAACCCUCCACUUCCCAACCACUGGAAACAUUACAUGAGCCACCACCGGGUGAGACUCUACCAGUAGUUGAAGGGGAUGUUGCUUUGUUGUUACCUGGACUGAAAGUUUACACCAAGUGGUUGGAUGGGUUUUGGUAUCCGGGUACAAUCCUCCACCAAGAAAGACUGUCGAGGUACCUGAUAGAGUUUGACGAUGGAGAUCAUCGAUCAGUCAACGAGGCGGAUAUCAUCAUCAAGGAAUGGCUGAGUAGAGGUCAGACGGUGAUGGCGGAGGACCGAGAUGGGUACUACUACGCAGGGACGGUCGUUGGUUAUUACAAAGACCCCGAUAAGGGUACCAGCGGGUACGUGAUAGAGCAGACUGUUUCUCGGGAGACGUCCAGGUAUGAACGGCAGAGGGUGAUUCUUACUAAAGACCAGGCAGCGAGUCUUGUGAGUAGUGCCAGUAACAGCAGCAGCACCAGUGGAAAUAAUGUCAUCAGUUUGGAUAAUGUUGUGUACAACAAGCGGACGAGAGUACGAAGUCGUCUUCUAGACACUCCGGGGAGCAGCAAGGCAGAGAAACUAAAGCAGCAGUCGCCACAGCAACCAGAGAAGACAACGCCAUCACGUCAAGCUGUCAAGAGGAAGCUGGUGGCAUCAGAAGAACAGGGAAGAAAGGGAACACCAUCCCCGAGGAAAAGAGGACGCCCAGCCAAGAAAGCAGCAGCAGCAACAGCAGCAGCACUCCCCAGUCCUGAUCUUACUACAAGCCCACGCCGCUCUCCGCGUAAACACCAGCAGCAAGAGAAUCAACCUGCAGCAGGCUCGCCCCCGAUCGCAGUCCACAUGGGAGGUGUCCCAAAGCUAACCACUCUGUUCCGCAAUCACGCCUUCCUUGUCACCCACGGUGAGGUAAAAAGACAAACCCUCAAAGAGAAAUCUUCCUCGGAUUCUACGGAUGGCAGCAGCGGAGAUGAUGAGGUCGAGACAGUGCCUUUCGAUCGCGCCUACGCCAUCACGCAGAUACAGAGUGGAGGGGGACUGGUUCUCUCUGAUUUCAACAAGUCACAGAUCACAAAGAUGAAAGUCUUGCUCAUUUCUAACACACAUUGUCGCACUAAGAAAUAUUUCCAGGCGCUAGCAGCGGGUAUUCCGUGUAUCUCGCAUCUCUGGCUGAGAGACUGCUGUAAAACGGAGAGACUUCAGAAUCAUAAGAACUAUCUUUUGCCGGCCGGAGAUAGUAUCGAAGAAAACACCUUGAUGGAAAUUCAGCCUAAUCGCUCCAUCCUCGCUGGAAUGAGUAUCUACAUGGUAUCUGACUAUGAAGGGGUUCAGAACUCCUGGAGAUCUAUACUUAUAGCGGCUGGAUGUCACAUUGUCUCCAAGAUCCCAUCUCAUCUAGACUUCACCAAGAACCCUGAUCUUUGUCUGGACUGUGAUGUGAUUGUGACGGACCCUUCCUGCCCUCGUUCACUCCUCCAUCGUGCGCACUCCCUCAAGAUACCAAUGGUCUCCUGUGAAUGGGUCAUUCAGUGCCUCAUUAAUGGGGUCAGGGUACCAUACCGUGGACAUGCAAAGUAUGAAUGGAACUAUCGUGAGAAACCGCCAAGGUGAUUGGGUUGCUGGUGAUGGAGAGUUCUGCAGGAUACAUAAAUAGAAUUAUCUCUCGCUCUUGCCGGUACUCUUUUGUACUCCCGGAUGGAGAUAAGCAAUUAUGAUAAAGUGCCUUGUGAGAAACCGUCAAGGUGAUUGGGUAGCUGGUGAUGGAGAGUUCUGCAGAAUACAUAAAUAGAAUUAUCUCUCGCUCUUGCCGGUACUCUUUUGUACUCCCGGAUGGAGAUAAGCAAUUAUGAUAAAGUGCCUUGCACAAGGACACGAGUGUCUCGACUGACCAGGCUAGGAUUCCCACCCAUAUUCUGUAAAUUACAGAACUUAAGUCCACCACCCUAAACCGCUCGUCCACUACACCCCAUAUGAAGCUGGAGACAAAGCCUAAGACAAGAGCCUACUAUGAGAGUGCUUUGUAGUUAUUUGCCUGUGAUUUUGCCAAAUAGUAUAAAUAAAGGUUAAUUCAAUAAUUUGAAAAUGAAUUUAUCGUGAGGUGGCGAAAAGUGUUGUGGCCAUUUUGGUCAUAAUAUGAUUGAUUUGCAUGUGAAGAUGGCUGAUUUUACAUCUCUAUAGGACUUUUUCUAUAGAAAAUUUACAGGCAAUCUCUAAGAAAGGAAACCACUCAUAUUUCAAUUUGAUUAGAAACUCAUUUGGGAAGUUAAGACACUAAGAAAAAUAGAAAGUUCCACAAGGUCUUUUGUCUUGUUGAGUCUUUAUUAUACAGAUAUAGAAAUUAUGUGAGGCUUGUGGUAGCACCAUAUAUAAUUAUUUUUUGAGAACAUUUCCAUGAACAAUAGAUUUACCUGGUAAGUCUGCUGCCACCUAGCGUUCCUAAAGGGCUCCAAGUUCAAGACUUUGUUUUGCAUUUAUUUGUAAUUCCCCAAGAUAUGAAUCAUUCCAUUAGGCAGGGAUCAUUCUAUUAUUAAGUAACAUAGGUCCUUUUCAAAACCAUGACUUCAGUAUUGACUUUGGCUACCUGUAAUUUAGAAAAAAUGCACUUUUGGUACCAACCUCUAGACAUGGGUCAAAAGGGAACAAUUCACGCGAAAAAGCCAAAUGACAGCCAUUUUGAACACAGCCUUAAUUACCGUGUAGAUGAUCUGUGUACAAAUGUCAGAAAGAAAGUAUUUCUCCGUAGUCUUUGGAGGAGACCAAACUCUAUGCUCCCAUACAUUCAGUGAUGGGAAUUUUGUAUAUCAUAAGAAUAAAUGAAAUAUGUACAUUUUAUACUAGUUUUUUUACAGGUAAUAUACAACUAUUAGUGUAUAAAGGAUGUAUUUACAAACUUUAUUUUUUACAUCUCAUAUUCCUGGUGGGAAUGAAUAUGUUUGAUUUGAAACUUAACUGUAAAUAAAAGUUGAGCUAAUUCACAAAGUUGAACAUAUUCAUUUUGUUGAGAGUGAAAGUUCCACUCACUGUUUUCUUCAGAUUUCACUUUUAGAUUAAAUCUCAAAUACAUGUAGACCCUCAAGUUUAACUGUUACCACUAACUUAAAGACAGGAUAAUCGUGCACUGA